AUGUUAUCCACCGAGCUUGUUUUAACGGAAGGUUUCAGUUCGACUGUCACAAUUCCUACUAGGAAGGCUGUCGGAAAACGCAAAGAUCAGAAGUGGGCCAAAGGGUUCGCGUCGCUGUGCGACGACCUGCCGCAGGGGCCGUCUACGGCAAAGACUUUGGGCGCACCUAUACAAUUCAUUCCUAAAUCGACAACAUUUUUGGAGGCGCUAGAUAUUGAAAAGGAUGAGAGCCCCACCGUUUAUACACCGCGAUCUUCUACCAGUUCGGAUAGAGCUUCAGGCAAAGAAUCAAAUUCUGUCGUGUCAACACCGGGAUCAUCUACCACAUCGGAUGUAAUAAAUCCCGUCGAAGUCCAAGAUUCUGCCGAGGAGCACUUGAGUUCAUUGUCUUCAUUAAGUUCUAAUAGUCUAGUUUGUCCGGAAUGGAUCGGAACCAGCCAAUUUCAAGUUAAUUUUGUACUAGAACUACAGAAAAGUGGCGCGUUACCAGAGCACAUUGAAAUUCGAAAAUUACUAUCUAGUUCUCUCGAUACUUAUCCGUACGACCCCUUAACAUACAUUCAACUCGCACAAAUCGACAACAAGCUUGGGUUUUGUGACAUUGCCGCAGCAAACGCGCAUAAAGCUUUACUAUUGAUUAGUUACGGUCUCCCGUCUUCGGAUUCGCAAAUCACUUGCGCACUUCCAAAGUUAAAUGCAACAUUUCUAGACUGGACUGAUGAGGUUCGAGCCACGGUCGCAAAACGAAAUGUCACAUCAUCGAGCCUUGUAAUCGACGACGACCUCGACCAUUUGCGCCUCCAAGCAUAUCAGGCUCUUAUGGAAGGUUUGGUUGGUUGUGCUGCCUUUUCAGAAGCGCUUUUUGUCGUAGCGAAAGAAGCCCUAAGACUUUAUCCUCAGGACUAUCAGCUAGAUCACUUUCGGAUGAUAGCUAAAGGUCGAUAUAAGGAACGUUACAUGACUCUCAAGGCUUUAAAUUGGCCUAUUAAAACUUUAUCCUUAGUUCUAAAAAAGGGCAAGAUUAUGCAGAAGAAAUACCCUUGGCUGAACAAUGGGCUACAUCAUCGAACUCCUAAAAUGGUACAACAGGUCAAUGAAGGGCUAACAAGUUGGAAUAGCAUUGAGAUUCGACCUGUUGUCUUUGAGGGCAGCUACAUUAACGAAUCCCAAAAGGAUAGUAAGGACGAGAAUUUCGACGUCGGUCCUCUCGGCAUUUUUGCAAAGCGCGACAUUAAACAAGACGACAUAAUCCUUAUCGACCCAACUCUUCUGAGUAUAUCUAACGUUCCGGCCAGCGAACUCCAAUAUUGCGACGCCUGCAAUUCCUGCUUAAAUCCACCAUAUGUCCGACGCGAAGACAUAGUAUGGGCAUCUUGUUGCGAUCGAGUCGCAUUCUGUAGCGUUGAAUGCAGAGAUACAGCUACAAAGGGCUAUCACAGUAUUCUUUGCGGGAAUGAUCUGGACUGGCUCUACAAAGAUAUAGAAGAUAUCACUCAAGCCUGGGGUGCCAUCAGUUUCUCCCGCUUAGCUGCUAUUGUUCUCGCAGACCAGAAGACACAAACAUCAACAACGGUUACCCAUCCGCUUCAGCAUCAUCUACUUACUCGCAUGGCUGCUAAUUAUGCGCCUCCUUCAAAGAUCGAGCCCGGUCAGCUCUACGAUUUCUCGUACCAAGAGAACAUAGUCUCACCUUGUAAGAUACUACUUACCUUAGGUGUCGAUAUCUUCAAAACCCGAGGUUGGGAUCUCGAGGUUAUUAUGACGGCGUUAUGGAGGCUAGAUAAUAACGCGAAUAUGGGCCGUACAAAUAUCUAUCCAAAAGGCGAGAGCCAUCCGCAUCCCUCUAGACUCCCCACGCCUCCGUCGGACAUUCCUCAAAAACGAGUCGGGAAUCCAGUACUCGCGGACAACACCCGUAAAUUCCACGCCGAGAUAAGUACUAUCAACAUUAAUCCAAAUUACCUAUUUUUCAACCAUUCGUGCACACCGAAUGUAUACUGGUCUUCUGCACUCCCAUCGCCAGAGAUGGAUGUGGAAGGAAUGAAAUGGGAUGGAGGUCUUCUUCGACCGGGGAAUAGCGCGGUGAGAUGUGUGGCGAUCAGAGAUAUCAAGGCGGGUGAGGAGUUGAAGAUUAGUUAUGUGGGCGAUCCGCUUGGGAUGGGGGAAGGGAGGGCUAAAGCUGAGAAGAGGAAGGAGACGAGGAUUGCGCUUGAGAAGUGGUUUCCUGGGGGGUGUGGGUGUGAGAUUUGUAAGAUGGAGGAUGAGGAUGCGAGGGGAAAGGGGGGAGUGAGUUGGUAUGCGAAUGUGAGGAAGCACGAUGAUGGAUGGAUUGGGUGGAAGUGA